GGUUUAUGGUCUGUGAGCAAAAAUUGUAACUGCAAUGGUUUGCGCCAUAGAGCCAAUGCAGCCGUGCACGAUUUGAAGUGAGGUUAGGAGCUAAAUUAACUGAAACAAUCACAAAACGACUAAAUGACAAAGACCGCGAGGCUGCUGCUGCAAUGGACUGUUCGAUAAAGGUAGGUGUUUGCGCCGUUUUUUUAACGCCCGUGUUGAAGAUGACAGGCGGCCACCCACACCGUGUGUCUGCUGAGUGAGAGAGUCAAGGCGGUGAUGCGAGCUCCCCACUCUUUCCUUCUUGUACAAAAUUUCCUCUUCCUUCCCGUUCGUGGUUGUAUGUCGGCUCUAUAAUAACACAACUAACCACUACAUCUUUACACUCAGAUAAAAACACUAAUUGGUGGCCGGUUAUACGCGUAAAAGAGGAUUUCCAAACGCACGCCUUUCGACUUUUUUCGUAAUUUCGUCGAGCUCUUCCUGCAUUAUUCACGGACCCACAAAUAACGACAAGCAUAAGGCACGGAGAGUCAAAUUACUGACCACCGAUCGCUUUCAUAAACGCUUUUGUUUCUUUAACGAAGAUGAAGUAAAUGAAGGGGAUGCUGGACUUUCUCGGUGCGCGUAAGGCAGGUGUCCUCGAAGGCGUCAUGGAUCGAAUUGGAGCAGGAGGAUCCAUUUCCAUCAGAUGACUGGAAGCGCUGUCCGUGGUGAGUGAGGAUCAGCCCAUAUUCGAGCCGACCUACCCCGCAGCCCCGGCCAUGCACAUGAAGACCGAGAUGACGUCGCCCGGCGGGUUCAGCCAGACAAACAAGCAGAGCCCCGAGCCCACUGAGCCGGAGUGGGUGGGGCCAGGAGCACCAAGUGCUGGGAAGAGAGAACAACACGUCAAUGGCACCAGUCGCGAGUCCCCAGUGGAUUGCAGCGUCACCAAGCGUUCCAGACACAUGAGCAAUGAAGGGGCCUCGAUGCAGUACCAGGCCUCCUCGUACACAGAGCCCCGCGUCAGCCCCCAGGCCACCACCCCACCCAGCAGUGCCACUGAGGAGAAGAGGGUCAUCGUGCCAGCAGAUCCCGAGGUGUGGACGCAGGACCACGUGCGCCAGUGGCUGGACUGGGCCAUCAAGGAGUACGUCCUGGAGCAGGUGGAUGUCAUGCUUUUCCAAGCGCUUGAUGGGAAAGCCCUGUGCAAGAUGACCAAAGACGACAUGAUGCGGCUCACGUCGGCCUACAAUGCAGACAUCCUGCUCUCGCACCUCAAUUACCUCCGGCAGAGUAGUCCAACGUUCUCCUACCCAACAACUCCCACCAACAACACACCACCACAACAACAGCCGCCCAGACAGGUGAAAACAGAGAACAGUUUUGAUGAAAUCAGCCGCAGGAACAGCUGGCCGACAAACACCAUGACUACAGUGCCUAAAGGUUCUUCAAUGGAGCACCAGCACAGUACACGAGUUACAGAGCCUGCUCCAAGGAUUGGGCAAGACCCAUACCAGACAUUAGGACCCAUUAGCAGUCGGCUAGCCAACCCAGAAGGCCAAGCCCUCAACUCAUCCAAGAACCGAACAGGCAAACAAAGUGCAUACAAGCUCCCUGACCCCAGCGCUCACAGGCCUGUGGGCUCAGGGCAGAUCCAGCUGUGGCAGUUCCUUCUGGAGCUUCUGUCUGACAGCAACAAUGCCAGCAUCAUUACCUGGGAGGGUACCAACGGCGAGUUCAAGAUGACCGACCCGGACGAAGUGGCCAAACGCUGGGGUGAGCGCAAGAGCAAGCCAAACAUGAACUACGACAAGCUGAGCCGCGCCCUGCGCUACUACUACGACAAGAACAUCAUGACUAAGGUGCACGGCAAGCGCUACGCCUACAAAUUUGACUUCCAAGGCAUCUCGCAGGCACACCAGAACCACUCAGGAGAUGGUGGGAUUGUUAAGUACCAGAAUGAGAUGUCUUAUGUCCAGACCUACCACAGCCACCAGCCCAAAAUGAACUUCAUGGGUGGCCAUCCUGCACCUAUGCCCGUCUCCCCUGGAAACUUUUUCGGCCCACCGUCACCAUACUGGAACUCACCCAACAGCCCCAUCUAUCCUGGGUCAGCCAUGACCAGACAUCCUGCCACUCACUCCCACCUGAGCUCGUACUACUGAGCAUGAUGCCAACUGAACACAAAAACAAACAAAACAGGAGAGGAACCCAAGUGCACCAAAGCACGCUCCGUCUCACCUGCCACCGAGCUGAACUCUGUUGAAAGAAGGCGAAAUGACGCCAUCAUUCAAAUUUUAAAGGCAUUAUUAAGUUGUCUUUGUUACGUUCCGUCUCAAAAACAAAACAAAAAAAACAAAAACCACGGACAAACAUGAGGGUAUAUUAACCCUGGUAUUGUAUGCUUCCAGGAGUUUUAUAAAUAAACUCAUAAUAUACUAUAUUAAUGGUUAUUCAGUUAUGAAUUUUUUCACACAUCUGUAAAAUACUUUGUUUGAUAUUGACUGUUGUAAAGACAGACGUCAUAGUAGCAUAACAGAUCUACAACUGUUCUUUUCACUUCACAGGUCAAAACAGUUAUCCCUGACUUUUUGUAAAAGGGAAAUUGUACAGAAUUAACAUGUAGCAAUAAAACAUAAAUGCUUGAUGUAAAGCUAAUAAAUAACGCCUGUAUGAGGAAAAAAAGAUCUGAUUUUGUGUUUACAGUUGAAAACAAAAACAGCAACAACAACCACCCAAUCCACUCGGAGGAAAGUUGACCAAAGAAGGUCCCAUACUGCAGCCCACAAAACCCAAACCAUCUGUCAUCAGAGGCCCCAGGACAUCCUCAAAGAUCCCACACGCCUUACAGCAGCACAAGACACCUUAGAUGGUCCUAUAUUAAAUUAUAGCACAGCAAAUCUUUUAAUUCAUAAUAAACAAGCUAACAAGAAGCUGGAUGCAGAUUUGCCAUUUACAAGAGAUGCAUGUAGCCUUUGGGUCUGAGAUGUUCAGUCAGUGUAGAAGUGCUUUAAACUCCUCGGGAUCUAAACAGAAGACCAACUGUAUACAAGACUCGGGGAAAACUAUAACAUCCAUUCAUCCACCCACUCUAUCACCCUGUAAGAGGGGCCCAUCCCAACUGUCACAGGGUGAGAGAAGUGGGGCACACACAAGACAGGUGGUCAUUCAAUCACACCUUCAAUUUAGGAUGGCUAUGCCUUUGCUUGUUUUUGUACCGUGGGAGGAUCUCUGCAUAACCACGAAGAACCAUGUAGACACAAGAAGAACAUGCAAACACAGAAGGGCGCAGCUGGCUGCUCGAUUCAAACCAACAAGCUUCUUGAUGCGAGGCGACAGCGCUGACCACUGCACCACUCUGCCCCACGAGUUCUCGCCGUGCCGUCUUAUGCACGACAACAUGGUGAAAAAUAACACUUCACUACCAGCGCCUGAAUUUUUACAGAAAUGGAAAUGAUGACAUAAAAUGCUCAUUGAAUUGAAAUUAGUUGCAUUCAUAUCUUCUCUUACUGUUGAAGAGACGAUCCCGUGUGAGUCCUGCAUUUCUUUCUCUCUGUGAUUGAAGUCCAAAUAAUUAUUGAUAAUACAGAAAUGUCUAAACUGAGUCACUGCACAUUAAAUUCACACUGACAUGCUUUGACCUACACAUCUGGUUCUCACAUCUGGUCCUCACAAACGACAAGAUGGCAGAC